GGAGGUGGGUGGCUGAGAGGGGAGUUGGAGGUAGGUUGCUGAGAGGGGGGUUGCAAGUGGGUGGCUGCGACGUGGGGUGCGGCGGUGGGGGGUGGCGACUGGCAGGGUGCUGGUGGUGCUGGUGGUGGCCACGGACUGCGCGUGCGGCUGGGAGGAAUCCCCCCUCGUUCCUCCUCCGGUCGUCGCCGCGGCGAGGAGGACCCCGCGGAAGACAUGGGCACCGUGCUCUCGCUGUCGCCCUCGGGUCGGAAAGGUCGCUUCUUCGACGACGGCCAUGGCUCGGUUGCACACUACACCGCGGUGCAGAACAGCAAGAACUCCAAGGACGGCAAGGGUCUCAAACGCCACUCCAUCCUCAUCUCGGCGCUCACCUGGAAGCGCCUGGUGGCCGCCUCGACGAGGAAGAAGAGCGCCACCAAGGUGAACCCCAACCAGGAGAGCUCGACUCAGAAGCACGGCGAGAAUCUCCCCAAGUCGUACUCGUGCGCCAACCUCAGCGCGUACUGCCAGCCGCCCCAGCCGGCGCUCAGCUGUACCAAAAAACAGCCGCAGCAGCAGCAGCCUCAGCAUCAGCAGCAGCAACAACAGCAGCAGCAGCAGCAAGUGCUGUCGGGAGGAAGAAAGGGCCAACAAGCGCUGGUGCAGCAGAGCCGCAGCCCGCCUCGCCGCGUCGUCGUUCAGGCCUCCACCUCGGAGCUGCUCAAAUGCCUGGGCGAGUUCCUGUGCCGUCGCUGCUCCCGCCUGCGCCACCUGUCCCCGUCGGAGCCGGGCCUGUGGCUGCGCGCCGUCGACCGGUCCCUGCUGCUGCAAGGCUGGCAGGACCAGGCGUUCGUGACGCCCGCCAACGUGGUCUUCGUCUACCUGCUGUGCCGCGAGGCGGUGAGCGCGCACACGGGCAGCGAGCACGAGCUGCGAGCGGCGCUGCUCACCUGCCUCUACCUGUCCUACUCCUACAUGGGCAACGAGAUCUCGUACCCACUCAAGCCGUUCCUCGUGGAGAGCAGCCGGGACGCCUUCUGGGAGCGAUGCCUGCGCAUAAUUCAGCUCAUGAGCGCCAAGAUGCUGCGCCUGAACGCCGACCCGCACUAUUUCACGCAGGUGUUCUCCGAGCUGAAGGAAGAGGGCGCGCGGGAGGGCAUGCCCCACUGGAGCUUCCACCUGGACCGAUAGCCGCGAGGUCACGAGCUCAAGGCCACGGCCCACAUCACCUAUCGCACGCAAAGUAUGCGUAGCCCGAGGACCGCUCCAGACGGAGAGAGGAAAGAGACUUCCCUCGUUCAAGGCCAGAUCUUGGGCCACUGUUCGCUCGGCCGUCCGCUGACGACGACGACGACGACGCCUCCCAGACACACGCUGCUGAUGCUACCGCUGCCGCCACUAUAGUGGGGUCUGAUGCUGGAGUUUCAGUUAGCUGGCCCCUGAUGAGCUUGCAGAAGUCUUUAGGAAAACAAUAUAUCAGUGAGUUUAAGGUGCAUGUUUCAGACCGCAUGCGUUUUCCACGGGAUUGGAACUCUAACUUCGUCUAUUUUUUUGCAUUCAUAAUUUUUAAUCCGUUUGAAGCUUGUGUUCUUCAGCUGUCCUCUGAUGGCUUCGAGGCAGUAUGUGUGUCAAAAGCAGUUUGAUUAAAAAGGUUCAGAACGUGUGACGAGGCAGACAGCUUGGAUUACGAGAGGAUGAGGGAUGGUGAUUGCCCGGGCAGUCGAAACACAAGACGUUAAUUGCUCCUCAUUACGCUUCGAAAAUAUUGGCUGACUGGGACUGCAAACAUUGGGGCAAAAUGUUGCAACAGAACCAAUUUGCAUUUUUUUUUAUUUUACCGUGACUUCUCUUUAAUGUUUUGCUGUCGUGGAUGAUUGCUUUUGGUACUAUUCACAAUACACAAGUUAUACGUGCACAGCAUGCACCAAUGAGUGGCUUCAAUAUUAGAUUUUGGUUUUAACACGUGGGUGCAACAUGUGACACCCGGUCACGCAUCUUAUAGAGACUGCUUGCCUGGAGACUGAAUGCGGCAGGCACAUGAAGGUUGUAAAAGAGCGUUAAGUUAAAUAUAUUUGAAAUGCGAGGCAAGGUGGCGAAUGGCAUAAGAUGCAAAGAUGUUACCGAGAACUUUAUGUUGCAGUUAAAUGCACAGUAGUUGUUUUCUCUCACACACACACACUUAAAACACUUUGUAAAACAGACGGCACGGCUAUUAUUGACCAAUUUUGAUGGGUAAUAUUACUGGGGAAAUGCCUCACCGCCUCAGACCCAAUAAGAUCAUUUAAAAAAUUACUACAUACAGUUUGGUGUAGCAUGUGACAUUCUUCUUGUCAUUGCCAUUAUUUGCAAUCGAAUGCGCAAUUACUUGCUGUAACAAGAGUGCUCGAUUACAACAACAACAAAAAGUCAAUUCCUCCGAAAUAGUCCUACAGCUGGUGGCCACAGCCACAGGCCCUCGUCGCUCUAUUUUGUAGUUCUAUGUACGGCUGUACGCGAUCAGUGUCCGUCGUGGUGUGUGAUUGUGCACUCGUAAUUCUAUUGCUGGAAUGCAUUCGGCUACCUAUAUUAACUUAUUGUAUUUUUAUGACAGAUAUGUGUUCAACACACAGGUUAUUAAUAUUUUAUAUUUUAAAUGAAUCAAAGGUGGAUCAAUGUGCGCGCGGUUCAUUCUCGUUCUAAUUAUUAUUCGAAUGACGCAACUGGGAAUCUCCAAUGUAUACAACUAAGAUGUGCCAAUUAUCAAGGACAGUGGCGUGCGUGCGUGUGUGUAUAUAUACAUAUCUUAUUUGUUUUGUAUGUUAAUUGCACCUGGUAUUCUUGAAAACGUGACACCCAUUAGAUGUGAAUAUUUUUAUUGACUGUGCAAUUUAGUUUACGCUGUGGUAAGUGAUCCGUUGCAUUCAAUAAUAAUUUGCCAUUGCUGGUGUACGGACAUACUGAUGUUUAAUUCAAAUUUUAAAACUGGACACGACAGAAGCCAAUAAAACAGUACAAACCCA